AUGCCCUGGUUCUUUUUAUUUAUUGUGUUUAUUCUUAAAUUUGCAAGUGGUGAUUAUGUGAAGCUACCAGGUAAUUCUGAUAUUGGUAACCUGAAGUUACAAUCAGGAUAUCUGGAAGCGAAUGAGAACGGAACACAGAGAAUGUUUUAUUUACUUCUGGAAUCUCGUGAUCUACCUUCUGAAGAUGCUCCUCUGAUAAUCUGGUUUAAUGGAGGACCUGGCUGCUCAUCACUUGGUGCAUUUUUUGAAGAAUUCGGACCAUUAUAUGUAAACUUUGAUGGAAAAUCAUUGUUUGAAAAUGUCAAUUCUUGGUAUCAUAAAGCUAACAUCCUUUUCCUGGAAUCACCCAUCGGAGUAGGAUUCUCGUAUGACCUGGAAGUCAAGAAUGUAUCGAAAGGGGAUGAUGAUGGAAUUGCUGCACAGAACUUUAAUGCGGUCUUGGACUUUUUUGAGAACAAACAUUCAUCUUAUGUAAAGAAUGAUUUCUUCAUUGCUGCAGAGUCUUAUGGAGGAGUUUAUGGCCCGAUGUUAUCUGCAUUGGUGGCUGAAUCCAUUGCCAAAAGGGAAUUCCCGAAUGAGAAUUUCAAAGGGUUGAUGAUAGGAAACGGAUACAUGAAUGUGAAGUUAUCAACGAAUACCAUGAUUCUGUGGAGUGCAUAUCAUGCGAGAACUUCUCCGGAUGAAUGGGAUGAGAUAAAGAUCAAAUGUAAAACUGAUGGAGCUCGGGAUGUGGAUAGUUAUGAUUUCAUGCAGUUCAUGACAACCACCAACAAAAUGGAUUACAUGGUUGACAACAAAACAGAGUGCGGUAGAUUGAUCGAACCGCUUCUAGGACAAUUUACGGAGAACUGGGAAGGCUAUGACUUUUUCAAUUACUAUCAUGAUUGUUACACGAACUUCUCACUUCCAAAUACUACGGAUCCGAUUAAAGAGACUUUGAAGCUAGCACCUCGCAAAGGAAUCUCUGCUUUAUGGAAUAAGUACUCAACUGAUGAUAAAACAUCAUACAGUUGCUGGGAUGACGUGGCUAUUCAUAAGUAUUUGAAGUUAUCAGAAGUUGAGAAAGCAUUGAAAAUUGAUAGCGAGUGGUUGAAAAGGAAAGAGAAAUGGAAAGUUUGCAACAUGGCAAUUUAUGAUCAAUAUGUGAUGACACAUCAAGACAUGACUCCAUUUUUCACAAAACUAUUCAAUAAUUAUACGGGUCCUGCGUUCCGAGUUUUGAUCUACAAUGGAGAUGUCGAUACGGCUUGUAAUUAUAUGGCAGAUGGCUAUUUUACAGUGAAAUAUACUCCUUGGUAUUAUUCUGAUAACAAGGUGUUGGCUGGGUAUUACAUGAGAUACGAGGGAGCAAAUCGCUUGGGAUCAAAGUUGUCGAUUGAUGUGGGUGCUGGACACUUUGUCCCACUAGACCGCCCGGGACCAUCCUACCAAAUGAUUAAUAAUUUCUUGUCUGCUCAACCUGGAAAACUCGCCAACUAUACCCUACCGAUAUAA